AGCUGCGUCUGCUGCGCCUGCUACUGGGAGGCGCGUAGUGAUGACGUAGGCAGGAGCGCGCCGCACACGAUAUGUCCCGGAGAGAUGUUAUACAUUAGCGUAAAAAAAUAAAAAACAAGUUGGAAUUUGCUUUGCAGCGAAACCGUAAACGAUGCCUGUCGAUCGACGAUGACUGACUAGAUCCUAAGGAUAGUUUGUGACUGUGAGAAGAUAAAUAAUUCACAUCAUAAUGGAGUUCAUCGGAAGUAGUUACAAAGGUGAUACAAAAUAUGGCAGGAUGGAAGGACAAGGAGAGUACACCUUUCCCACAGGGACCAGGUAUGUGGGAGAAAUGAAGGAUGGGAUGUUCCACGGUAAAGGAGUUCUGCACUUUCAAAAUGGAAGCAAAUAUGAAGCCAUCUGGGAAAAGAGCAAAGCUAAACAGGGGUCAUAUACGUUUUCUGAUGGUCUUCAGUAUAAGGAGAAGGACUGGGACUACUGUGACUGUCUUGACAGGCGCUUCUACACUGAGAGGUGCAAUGGACUCAGACCUGCAGGAGAAUCUCAGAUAACUGAUCUGCAUCCUCCACGCGUGAUCCCAGAUGGAUGUUAUGAUUGUGGAGAUGGCUUCUAUGACCCCUCCACCAGAGUCAUCACAUCCUACACAGGUGGAAUCCUGAGGAAGGCAGAUGACUCGGAACACGAGUGGAUUGUCCGGACUUGUCGAAAAGCCUGGGACGAGGUCGUUGACGCUGAUCCCGAAAAAUCAGCUGCAUCUUGAAGAUACGAUCAACAUUAAAUGGUACUUGUUUUUAAACUGCA